GUUAAGCGCACAUGCAGCGGAAAUUCCACGAUAUUAAUAUCAUAUGGAACGGCUAGUAGUGAGAACUGAUUAAAUAAGUCACGCAUCCACAUAAAAUCAAUAUUAGUAUCUGCGCAAUGCAUGCUUCGGACUGAUUCCCGUGAAUGAAAUCCAACUGCGUGCACAUCAUAACAAUCGUAUUUCCCAUGCAGCAACAAAAUGGAGGGACGGAUCUUGCUGCAAAGUGACUGGUAUACAGCAUUAAGAGAAAACGAGGGGGACGUUUGGGUCUCGUGCAAAAUACCAGGAAAGCCAACGGUGUACGGUAGCCUUAAAUGUCAAGGUGUCAGUCAUGAUGGUGUACCAGAAGUUACUUCAUCUGAGGAGUUCGAAGUAGUCGAAGUUUCAAAGAAAAGUAUCCACCUUUCCUGUCCAUCUGGACGAACGUCAUCCAAAUUCAUCGUGCCCUUCACGUCAUUUCCAAGGAUUCAUGAUAAAAGUAUAACGUGUUUGGACAUUUCCUCCGGUGGUGGUUUGGGAGUCUCCACCAGCACAGACGGCUCCAUGAAGAUCUGGAACUGUCAGAACGGGGAGAAUAGAAGGGAGCUGACGGGCCAUGUGUACGAUGUGAACUGCUGCAGGUUCUUCCCCUCGGGCAUGGUGGUCCUCAGCGGAGGCAUGGACGCGCAGGUCAAGGUGUGGUCCUGUGAGGAUGGGAGCUGUCCUGUCACAUUUAAGGGCCACAAAGGGGGUAUCCUUGACACUGCUGUCGUGGACCGUGGGAGAAAUGUUGUGUCAUGUUCACGCGAUGGCACUGCCCGACUGUGGGAUUGUGGGAAAUCGGCCUGCCUCGCCAUGGUGGUGGAUUGUGGAGCUCCAAUCAAUGGAUGCUCUGUGGGCGUGGCUGACAACAGCAUCAACCUGGGAACACCUCAGGAGACUCCAAGUGAUCGAGAGAUAGGAACCCAGGACAAAUUACUCCUUCUUGCCAGGGAAGACAAGAAGCUCCAAGGUGUUGGUCUUCAGAGCAGAACACCUAUUUUUGAAUUUCAAGGAUCAGAUGCGUUCAACUGCUGCACUUUCCUCUCCAGUGUGUAUAUAGUUGCUGGAGCCCAGGAUGGGAACAUCUACCAGCUAGAUGUGAGGUGUUUGAGCACACCUAUACAGGUGUUCCACAAAUCAGGAGCUCCUGUCCAUUCCAUAAUGCCCAUCAGAGAGGGGUUUAUUGCCAGCCAAGGUGAUGGAAGCUGUUUUAUCGUUCAGCAGGAUCUUGACCAUUCCAUUGAACUGACAGGGCCAGAUGCUGAUCCAGUCUACAAGGUGGCUGCGUGGGAGAAGUGCAUCUUCACAUGCUGCAGAGAUGGGCUGGUGAGGAAGUAUCAGAUCAGUGACCUCUGAACUGUGAAACUGGACCAAUACGUGGAAGCAGAGGACAGCAGUGGAGCAAUAGCUAGCCAUCUCUGUUGUGUUUUUGGCUGAUUCUGUAGGCCUUGCCUAUACUUUUCAGGGAAUGGACAUAUUUAACUCUGUUUGACCCUUUGCUGUUGCUGAUCUGUUAAAUUGUGUUAUUGAAAGUGGGCAGAAAUUAGGUUUUUUUUUUUUUUUUUGAAGCUAAAUGCUUAUGGUCAUUUGUCAGUAACCACUGAGUAAAUGCAACUUCAACAGAUAUUUAUCAGGGGGGAAAAUCCAGUUAUUUCAUGUUAUGCAAAAAUGUAUUUUUUGUAAGUUGUCAUUUUUGAUUUGAAAUUUGAUUGUUUUUUUCACCUUACAAUAUAUAAAGCCUGGGUUCAUGUUCCCUGAAUGGGGAUAUUGCUGGCUGUGAGAGUACACCCUUCCCUUAACAACUUACAAUCUAAAGCAAAUUAAAACAUUUUAUGUCAAACAUACUAUCACUGUACUACGAUACUAUCAAUGUUUUUUCUUGGAUCAUUCUAUUUUCUACACAACUCUUCACUAUGCUUAAGAAAAAACUUUUAGUACUUUGAUAUAUCUUUGUCAAUUAACCAUGACAUUAUGUUUUAAAAGGUUUAAUUAAAACUCAGUAAUUCUUGUACCAUUUGUUUAUGACGAUAUAAUGUUCAAGAGCUGAUGCCAGACGACCAUUGCCAACAGUCCGGCAAUAUGCCAAGCAAUUAACCAAUGCAAUGUUGCGAGGA